AAGAUGAGUUGGAACAUCGUCCUGUUGGUGUUAGCAGCAGUUUUACUUUACAAUGGAGCGGAAGCCAUUAUGUGUCACCGCUGUUACAGUGCUAUGGGAGGCUGUGGAGAUGACCUAAGCUGGUGGAUGUUUCCUUGGAAAGAUUGUGGUGACUCGCGAUUCUGUGUCAAAGUAAUCGAGAAAGUUGGAUCUGACCACACCAUCAUCAGAGAAUGCGAAAAUAAUCUUCUGAAGACGACUAAACACAGACUUCAGAUGCCGGGUCUGCGUCGUCACGGUUACUGCCUUCCUGCAAGGAAAAAUUCGGGCAGCAGUCCACUGACUGUAGAGGAUCCCAAUAUUCAAUACUGCUUCUGUAAUGAUUGGAACGGCUGUAACACUGCACAUGGGCUCUCUGUCCGAUUCCUGCCAGUGUCCAUCGUUGCUGUACUAGUGACAGUAUUCAUAUCAAAAUUCUUUUAA